AUGUUGUUAACGAGGGGUAACACAAAUUUUCCUGAUGACGGAUCGGAAAAUAUCAGUGCAUACAAGAAGUGGAAGCAGAUUAAUGCGAAGGCGGAGUUCAUUCUGAAGAGGACAAUCUCCUUUGAUUUAUUCGAUCAUAUUAUAAAGUGUAAAUCAGCUCAUGAAAUAUGGAGAACCCUCGAUCGCUUGUUCAACAAGAAGAAUGAAGCUCGGCUGCAAAUAUUGGAGAAUGAAUUGGCUAACACCACUCAAGGUAACAUUUCUAUCGCCGAGUACUUUUUGAAGAUUAAGAACUUAUGUUCCGAGAUAUCUUUGUUGAAUUCGGAAGAGGCUAUCUCUGAAGCACGAUUGAGAAAAAUUAUCAUUCGUGGUUUGAAACCUGAAUAUAUUCCAUUUGUGACGUCCAUUCAAAGAUGGGCUCAACAACCAUCUUUGGAGGAAUUUGAGAAUUUUUUGUCGUCACAAGAGUUACUAGACAAACAGUUGGCUGGUGUAUUCGUCAAAUAG